UAACGCGGCUUGAGAGAUGCUAGAUGGAUGCUAGAAUAUGACGCUAGUGCGUGUGACACGACUCGUGCCGCCGGUGCAGAUAAUAUGGGAAGUUAUCGCAUUUCCUUGAAACAUUUUUGACGUCAAAUGUGGCACUUUUGCCAGCCCUUGUUUAAUGUGCGCCGUGUCUUUUUGACCUUGAAUACUCCAUCUUUCAAAAACACGGUACUACAGCGACUAUCAAGCAUGGGCCCUGUGCGAAAGCCGGCAGUGCUGGUCACACGGCAGGAUGUAGCUAAAGAAGCUCUGGACCUUCUCCUUGAUAAGUGUGACGUCGAAAUUUGGAAUGAAGACGAGCCGAUUCCCAGACCAGUUCUUCUGCGAAAGAUUGCUGGCAAAGACGCUCUGUUUUGCUUGGUUACGGAGAAGGUAGACUCUGAAUUGUUGGAUGCCGCUGGCCCCUCCUUGAAGGCAGUCGGUACGAUGUCGGUUGGUUAUGAUCACGUCAACGUUGCUGAGUGUACUAGAAGGCGAAUCGCAGUCGGUAAUACGCCUCAUGUGUUAACUGACGCAACAGCGGAGCUAGGAAUUGGUCUUUUGCUAGCGACUGCUCGGCGUCUGUUCGAAGCUCAUCAGGCAAUAGGCAGUGGAGAAUGGGCCAAGGCUGCAAUGAACCCGACAUGGAUGUGUGGCUCUGAGAUCAGAGGGUCAACUGUUGGAAUAGUUGGCAUGGGCAGCAUAGGAUUUGGAAUCCUUGAAAGGCUAAAGGCAUUUAAGGUGUCACGGUUCCUAUACCAUUCAAGGUCGCACAAGACAGCAGCGGAGACAAUGGGUGCUCAAUUCACAACAUUGGAGGAAUUGCUGAGACAGUCUGACUAUGUGGUAGUCUGUUGUGCCCUGACACCUGAAACAAAAGGAAUGUUCAAUAAACAGGCCUUCAGCAUGAUGAAGAGUACAGCAUCAUUUAUCAACAUUAGCAGGGGCCAAGUUGUAGACCAAGAGGCACUUUAUGAGGCCCUGACUUCCGGAAAAAUCCGGUCUGCUGGCUUGGAUGUCAUGACACCAGAGCCACUCCCAAAAGAUCAUCCCCUAUCAAAGUUACCGAAUUGUGUGCUCCUGCCCCACAUCGGUAGUGCAGCGACUGACACCAGAACUGCAAUGGCUGUGUUAACAGCACAGAACAUAUUGGCUGCUCUUGAUGGCAUACAAAUGCCUGCUUCUCUGAACUAGGGUAUCAUGCACUCAUUAACAUGGAAGAGUAUAUUCCUGUACCUUUUUAAAAGAAAGAAAAGGAACAUCCACAGCUAAUACAUUUAGCCAAAUGCACCUGAAAUGUUAUAGCACUUAUUGAGGUUUUUAUCAUUUGUUGUUUUAAGGAGCUCAGAACAAAGAAAGCAGAAACACAAAUGUGUUGGCACUUGCAACAUAGUGUGUGUUUUACUGGGAAGUUUGUAUGCAGAAGUGAGGAAAAUGAGAGAUGCAGAACAAUAGGUAGUCAAAACGUGCAUUUCUCCAUUCAGUGUAACAAAAUGUCUAGUACAACUUGCAGUCCUCUGGCAAAUUUUGUUUGCAUGUUGUCAGAGCUCUAAAUUGAAUUUUCUCAUUCUUUUUUUUAGUGCAUUGUCUUGUUUAAGGGAAAAGUUAUAUUUUUAAGAAGACAAACAGUCCCCGACUGAUUUCUCAGCCUGAUUUUUCUGACCUGCUGAAUUAAUGAGACCUACCCACGCUAACACCAAAAUAUUGGCCACUGUUAAUAAACAUCAUGAAUAACAUCAUGAA